CCUGUAUUUUCCUCUGCCCUUUAGCUGCCUUUAGAUCUGGUGCAUAGCAAAAGGAAACAAAGCCCAGCCCACAAUUCAAAUACACUCAGCCCUUUUCAGGUAGCGUCUUAGUUCUGCUUUUCCUGACUGGCCUCUCCGUUUUGCACAGCUAACAUUUUAAGAGAUUUCUGCAUAGGUCCUCUGUUAUGUUUUCUUCGUUUCCUCCUUCCCGGGCAGCAUAUUAAGUAGGUCCUAUUUCUGUGAUGGAAGAUAGCAGAGAGAUUCUGAAGGAUGUAGAAGACCACAGCAAACAGCUGAGGGCUCAAAGGGGGAAGGAGAAUAAGAUUCCAAGAAGGAUUAUUUAUUUUGCAAAUGGCGAAUCUAUGGAAGAAUACAGUACAGAGGAAGAAGAUGCAGAGGAGAAUAACCAUAAGCCACUUUGUGACAUGGCUAACCUCUCCUGGGGGAGUUACCUGCGAUUCUGGGUAGUUCGAAUUGCAAUGACAACUUUUUUUACUUGUGACUUCCUGGGAGGGAAACUGGCCACAUUCUUUGGACUCAAUGAACCUAAAUAUCAGUAUGCAAUCAAUGAAUACUACAGGAUGCAGAAAAAGGAAAAUGAAAGCGACAGUGAUGAAGAUGGCGAAGAAAUGCAGGAGAUGGAGAGGGUUGCUGCAUCCAAUGAAAAGCAGAGCCUGGAGAUACAGAGCCCAAGAUAUGGUUCCAUUAACUGUGGCCACGCCUCAGUCCUUUCUCAGCCAAGCAAGGUUGCAGGUGUUAAUUAAUGGAGAGGGCCACUGAUGGGUCCAUUAGAAAAUAAGACCAGCCCCACUGGAUCAGCCCACUGGACAGUCCAAUCCAACAAGUGGCCACUUUUGGAAGCAGAAGAGGAAUGCACCCUCCUGUUUGUGCUCACCAGCAACUGAUACUCAGAGGCCUACUGACCUUGAUACUAGAGAUGACAUUUAGCCAUUGUAACCUGUACUCAUUGAUAUGGAUCUAACCCCUUGUUAAUCAUGAACAACCCAUGAAGAAAACCAAUGGUUUGUUGUUCAGUUGUAAACUGUGGAUUAGUUACCAUGUGUUGUUAUCUUGGCUGGUUUCAAGCAAGAUAAUGCAUGCUCUAAUGGCAACCCAGUGACAACACCAGUCAGCCUUUGACUGUGGUUCCCUGUGCUGUCUGAAUGCAGUCGGUGUGAUAGGUUCUUUUACCCACGAUAAGCCAUGGAGAAGGCAAAUCUCCAACAGACAAGGAAAUACACUAACUUUUUGUGGUGUUUUUUUAAAGCUUCCUUGAAAUGUAUCACGAUUUAAUUCUUUUUAGCUGUUGGUAAUUUCUUCUGGCAUGGAUUAAGGCUGGUAAAUGGAACACCUACAAUCUGAUGUCUGUAAGCCUGAAUCUAGCAAUGAGGUUGUUCUGGAAGUGGCCAGAAUAUUGGGAGAUUGUUAACUUGUUCAGCAUCAAGGUGAAUCUUAGAGCUGGUGAUGCUUCUAACUGAGUAGCAGAGUUUUACCAAUGGUAACACUGGAGCAGAAGAAUAACCGCCACCCCUAGUUCUGCUCUAAUUCUUGCUAAAAUAGAUUAGGAACAUGGGAAGCAAUACGAUUACCUCCUCCACCACUGAAGUAUCCUUAAAUUUUGCUGUCUUUAGGUGAUUCAGAAAUGUAUAAAAUGCAUGAAAUGUAUAAAAUAAGAAACACGUGUGUCCACCUUCUCUCCCUCAAACUGUUUGCUGAAGUGAGCCUAUUCAUAUGAGGAGUAUAGAGGGAUGCAUUUUAACCAGGGCUUGUCUCUUUACCUUUCACCACAAGAUGGCGCUGUGUGACAAGCUCCAGUUUUGCCAGCCGUUAAAAAUUGCCCAAGAGGUGAUGGGGAUUGUCAUGUUCCUCUGCUAAGAACUGUGAGUGAGAGAGAGAAUAGCUGGUUGUGUCUACAUAAAUGCUGCUUAAUGGUGCCCCCUGUUUAGUAGAUCUGUAACUGAGUAUGAUGCCAUGAUAAUUCAAUAUGAAAAUGGCUCUCUUGUUCUCUCUGGCCUGUGUGAAUUAUCAGUGCCCAUGUGAUUCCUUUGUGCUCUGCCUGGA